UUGUUUGAUAAGGAAAUGUAAGCUAAGGUCUUUUUCAUUUGUCAUUCAUUUUUCUAGAAUGUGGAUUCUUUUCGUUCUCAUUUUUUGUUUGAGUUUGGCAAAUGCUCAGAAAGGUGAGGAACUUUGGAAUCUACCGUAAUUUUCAUUUUAUUUUUUUCAGAAUGCUAUGUUUCGCCUUGCACCCGUGAUAUAAUAAUAGUUGUGGAUGGUUCGAGUUCAAUGAAAACCAGCACAUAUGUGACACAUGAAAUCGAUACAAUUCUAAAAUUGAUCGAUGGCUGGACAUUUUCCGAAAAACAAGUUCGUCUCGCUGUAGUUGGUGCAUAUUUUGGAAAUGAGUUUUAUGGUGUCGAUUAUUUUACGGAAACUUCUUUGGUUGAUAAACGACUUCAACAAUUUCGAGUGGCUUCUGUUGAAUAUGGAUUAUUUAAGGGUGAUUUCAAUACGUAAGUUUGUGCCCAAAAAUGCGUAAUUCUUCCGUUUUUCAAUUCAGAACAGUUCGUUAUCUCGAUGAAAGAUAUGUUGGUAAUCGGGCAUUAUAUUCACCACGUUCUAAUACUCAAAAACGUAUUAUCAUUUUCACUUCACAUUCCGAUUCAACUGAUAUUUCUUCAACAAAACAAACAUUGGAAACAUUUGCGAAUUUGAAUUAUUAUGUGACAAUUGUUGGAAUUGGAGUUUCCGAAAGUAUUUAUAAAUCAACGAAAUAUCACAAAUUUGUAUCGAUUAGUUUUUCGGAGUUAUCAUCGGUUUCUACAGCCACAAUUAAUUCAAUUAUUGAUGAUGGAAUCUGUUUUUAUGAUCAUACAGUUCCAACACCAGGUAAUAUAUAGAAAAUUCGUUUUUUUUUCAAAAUAAAAUCCUUCAGCUCCGCAAACUUGCACAACAUCCACUUCAACUAAACCCACAACAACCACCAAAUCCGCGACAACCAAAAAAUCGGGGCCAACAACUACAACUGCACCCGUAAAACCAACACAUCCACCAUUUCCAAUUGGUGAUUAUAAUAAUUGUAGUUGCACUAUCUCUGAUUUAUAUAUCGAUAUUAUAUUUGUUGUCGAUACUUCAAUGGCGAUGGGAAGUUCUGGAUUGAUGAUGGUGAAAGCGGAAAUCAAUACAUUGAUUGGACAAGUAACUUUGGAUCCGACACAGAAAAAACAUGUUCAAGUUGGAUUGAUUAAGUAUAGUGAUGUGGCAGAGGUGAGGGAGUUUUCAAACAUCUACAGUAAUCUUGAAAAUUUCUGUCAAAAUCUUAGAUCAAGCCAAAAAUACAGUAAUUCCAAAUUUUUUAAUUGUUUUACAGUAAAUUGCAAGAUUUCGAAAGUCAUCAAAAAACUUUGUCUUAAAAUUUGGAAUAAAAUUAAAUCUACCGUACCUUUGGAUGCUCAAAACGCUGAGAAAGUACAGUAAUUUUCUGAAUUUUCAAAUAAUUUCAAUUUGCUUAACCUACAAUUGAUCUACAGUAAUCCUAGAUUCUAGAUCAUAAUUUUGAAAAUCUUGAAAAAAAUCUGACUACGGUAAUUCUAAAACAUUUUGUAUCAUAAUCUAGGGUCAGGUGAAGUCUACAGUAACCUCCGACUUCAUAAAAAUUAAUUUUCAGAUUGUUUUCAACCCGAAAGAUUACACUGAUGAAGAUGAAUUCACUAAUGAUUUAUGGACUGAUCCAAGAUUGGAAAAAGUUGACACCGCGGCUGAAGUUAAUCUUCUUGAGUGAGUUUUUUUCGAAAAAAUUCUGAAAAUCCUAACAAUUUCGCAUUCCAGCGGACUGAAAGAAGCAGCAAAAAUGAUCGAAAAAAUGCGAGAUGGUGUGAGAAAAGUUGUUGUUGUUUAUGCUUCAGCUUACAAGUAAGUUACAGUACUUGCCCUUACAGUACCUGACACAGAAUCUUUUUUUUGCAGCGAUGAAGGAGAUGAUGAUCCGGUUGAAGUUGCAGCAAGUAUUCGAGAAAGUGGAUAUUUUAUUUCAACAGUCGCAUUUGUUGAACCCGGAGUUACAGAUUUAGUGCUGAAAAUGGGAGAAAUUGCGAGUCCACGGAUGAAUUUCACAUCUUAUAAAGAUGAUUUAUUGGUGGAUGAGUUGGAAGAUAUGUUUUGUCAGGUAAAUAAAAACUUGGUUUUCAAAAAAAAAGAAACAUUUCUGUUGAUUUCAGGUUAAUUGCUAUUGUCCAAAUGGCUGGAAACAAUUGAAACUUGAAAAUCGUUUUUAUGCCGAAUGUUAUUUCCCAACUCAAAUUGAUGCGGCAUGGAAAGUUAACAAGUAAAUAUUUUAAAGAAAAAAUUGGGUGGGAUUCAAAAAAUAAAAAUGCAGUUGCGAAAAUAGUUCUAAAAGAUUUAUUCUAAAACUUGAAAUAUCAAAUUGAAAUUAUUGCCACGUGGCAUUUUUUCUUAAUGUUUAUGUGGAGAAGUUUUCCAGAUGAGUUUUUUUAAAUUCAAAAAAAAGUUCCCCAAAAAUUCCAUGUAAAGAAAUCAGAUUAAAAUCUAUUAUAAUAAAAAACCUGAAUUCAAAACUUUCUGAAUCUUGGGGCCAAAAAUCCACGUGUCAUUUUUUUAAAAAUCGCAUCAGAAUUUCAAAUUCAGAACUUUCGCGCCAAAAAAUCAGGCUCAGAAAUUGUCUCUAUAUUUGCAAAUCUGCAAUUUUUAUUUAUGAAAACCCUUUCCCAACCCCAAAAUGUUGCAGAGUGGAAUGUCAACAAUUAUCCUCUGAUCAUUCUGGAAAUGGUCACUUGGUCUAUGUGAAUUCCGAACACAAAAACCAAUUCCUAAAUGAAUGGUUCAUCAAAAAAUGGGACGAUGAAAGCAAAGAAACUAUGAAUUAUGAUAUCGGAUAUUAUUACGAUCAAACAACCAAAAAAUAUAAAUGGGUGAAUGGUGUCGAUGAUAAUCCAUAUACAAAUUGGGAUGUGAAUAAUCCGAAUUUAUCGAAUGGCGAAUGUGUGAAUGCGAAGAAAAUUGGAGAUGCAAAUAGUAAAAUAUUCAAAUGGGAAUCGGUGAAUUGUUUGACUCAUCAUAGUCGAGCAGUUUGUCAAGAAACUGCGUGUGAUACUGAUUUUUAUUGUGAUCCAAGUACAUUGGAAAAUUGA